CUUGUAUUUUGUAGCCCUCCUAAAUUAAUGUUCUAGAAGUGUUUUAAAAAUGAAAAGAAAUAUUAACAAUAUGGUCUAUAAAGGACAGGACUGUAGCUUAAUGCUACUAUUUCCCAUCUAACUUCUUUAUUUCGCCAGACUCAGCCAUUCGAGGCCAAAAUGGAUUUCUUCUUUGAUGACCUUCCAUCCACUUCCAUGUCCACGCCUAGGAAAGGAAAGAAAGAUUCACUGACGUUGGACGAUGCAGCUUGUGAUUUGUCAAGAAAUACAUCUUCAAGUGUGAGCUUGACUGAAAUUGAAAGGCAGCACAGCAGCUCAUGCAUUGAUGACAUCAGCAAAAAAGCGCAAGAAAUGGUGGAAAAAAUAAACCAUGGACGAACCAGAGACCAGGAAAUGAUAGACAACUUUCAGGAGAAGCUAACAGAGAAGGUGACAGCGAUGUGCCAGCUGAUGAAAGAGCACAUGUACAUCAUCUAUGAGAAGAACAGCAAUGAAAUCCAGGUGAAGCUGCAGGAGCUGUCAGAGGUGCUUGAAAACUGCUCUAAGCUGAACCAUGAGCUCCUAGAGGCCAGUCAGGCCUUAGCAUGCCUCAGAGAUGGUCUAGAUAUUAAUCAGAGAUCAGAGCCAUAACAAAUUAGUUCUAUGUUCUAAUGAGCUUGUGGUUUUUGGUUUCAUUUGAAGACAAGUUCAAAGAUUUUAGUGAAGUUGUUAGUGUUACAUAUUCGGAUUUGUCUUCCUUUCCCUCUCUCCUACCGAACAACUGAUUUUGCCUUUGGUUUUAAUUCUCCAUUUUCUGACUGCAGCUGAAAAAAACUGACUAACCAAAGUGAAAUUCACAUUUUUUUCCUCUUAAAUUUCAGCAAUUGUUGUUUAAUAAAUAAAUAUAAUAAUAAAAGGGAAAAAAGUCAA